AUGAGACCAAAUGAACUCCUUUGGAAGAGGGAGAUUGGCCAGAAAUUCUCUGUUACACACUGGCAAGGCUCCACAGUAACACAAGUACCAAUGAUACUCAAAGAAAGUCCGGUGAAUAUUACGGGAAGCGAUAAAGUAUUCAGUUCAUAUUGGCUUAAUGAUGGCGACAUUUUGUUUGGCACCAAAGAUCAAAAGCUGCCAUCGCCUUCUCCUAUAUCAAUUACUCAAAAGCACAACGCCAUAUACUUGAGAGGUAGUCAACGAACGCAGAACUUCUGUCGUGGCAGUAAUCAUCUGCCCAAGAACUCAACGGUUCCCUUAGCUGGAAUUCGAGCCAUUAAUGCCAAUCCAGCCGGCACAUUAAUCGCCGUGGCGAGCAGUAACCCGUAUUCCAUCUACAUACUUGACUUACCAUCACUUUCAUCAAACACCAUACUACAAGGGCAUACCGACGCUAUAUUUUCUGUAGCUUGGAUAGACAACGAAACCGUUAUAAGUGGUUCUAGAGACGGAACGAUGAAAUGCUGGAAAGUAAAUGGAAACAAACAACAAAGUGUACAAGAUCGAUCGAUUGAAAUUCUAGAAGCCUUAUGGAGCACAACUGAAAUUGACAGUCAACGAAUACGCGAUUUAAUAUACCUAGACAUGAAGGCAGUUACACUAUCUUCCAAUGGAUUUCUGGACAUAUGGGAUGUGGAAAAGCAGGCAGCUCAGGUCAACUCCAUUUGCUUGCCUUUUCCUCUGGAAGCUGUUUGCAUGGCUGGAAAUAACCAAAAUGCCACGGUAGCUGUUGGAUCCCAAGCUCAUGUGGCUGUUAUGGAUGCCAGAUCUGGGUCCUCUGUUCACACGUUUCAGUCUGUCAAUGACUACACUGGGGUACGGUCCCUUGAUUACUGCGACUAUAUCAUUACUUCAGGUGGAGGAAUGGGGCAUAUAGGAUGGUACGAUUUGCGAGCGCAAAGAUAUUUGAAGAUAGAUGGACAAGAUUUUCGCAGUGCAAGUGCAGGCUGGUUUGCAGUAGAAAACGACCUUCAAAGUAGUUCAGGGGGAUGGCAUGGAAAUCCAACCAAAGCUAUAUAUACUCUCAAAUACAAUCAUCAGCGCACUAAACUUUUUGCAGCUGGCGGUCCCCUUGAAGCCAACUUCAAAGGUGCUUAUGCAGGAGUAUGGAUGUAA